AAUCGGUGGCGUUGCCACGGCGACCGGGCGGGGCGCCAUCCUCCUGCGGGCGUUUCCGCUUCCGGCGGAGAUGGGCGGGCGCUUCCGCCCAAUUCCCCGGGCGAGAGGCGCUUCCCGGCCCCUUCGGAGGUCCGCGGGGUCGACAUGGCGCACCACGCCAGGUUCCUCGCCCGGACCGUGAUGGUCCCGGGCGGAGACGUGGAGCUGGCCUACCGCGUUCUCACCAGAGUCCUGACCAUGGAUGGGAUUAUCGACCACGUGAAGCGCAAGCGGUACUACGAGAAGCCGUGCCAGAAGAGGCGGCGGGAGGCCUACGAAGCGUGCCGGAGAAUGUAUAACUCCGAAAUGGGCAGGAAGAUCAACUUCCUCAUGAGGAAAAACCGCCCGGAUCCUUGGCUCGGUUGCUGAGGAGCCCCGGGAGGCUCUCGAAGGGCGGAGGCGCCUGCUCGCUUCGUUGAAUUUGGAAAGUGUGUGAAGCCAAUAAAAUCCGUACGAAGUU